CAUGAAACUUCACAGCAUUCCUCCAAGUAGAAACACAAAGUUUUACUAGCUUUACGAAAGCCCUUUAGCUAAUUUGGCCUCAGCACCAGCUCUUCUUUUUGCAUUUAGAACUGUGCAAUGGCCUCUCAUAUUAGCUUGAAGACCCUGGCAGUCUUGGUUCUUGCAAUUGCCCUCUUUGUGCAAGGCACUCUAGGAGCAAUAACAUGUGAGAAUCUGGACGAGAACACAUGCGCAUUCGCAGUGUCAUCCUCCGGCAAACGCUGUGUGCUUGAGAAGCAUGUAAAAAGGAGCGGAGAGGAAGCAUACACAUGCCGUACAUCAGAAAUUGAGGCAGACAAAAUACAAGACUUGAUCGAGACUGACCAGUGCAUCAAAGGAUGUGGGCUUGACCGUAAAACACUUGGAAUCUCAUCUGACUCUCUCCUUGAGCCUCGUUUCACACAAAAGCUUUGCUCAACUCAGUGCUAUGGAAGCUGCCCCAACAUUAUUGACCUAUACUUCAAUCUUGCCGCUGGUGAAGGUGUAUUUCUACCCAAAUUAUGUGAAGCACAAGGAGCAAAUACGCGACGAGCAAUGUCUGAGAUGAAAAGCUCUGGUCAUGUUGCUCCAGGACCUGUGCAGCCUGGGAAGUUGACAGGUGCACCAGGACCCGUUUUGCCUGUGGAAUUCACUAUUGCACCAAUAGUUGCCCCAGCACCAUACUAAAUUCACAGUAAAAAAGAAUUGUAUACGAAGCUUAAUUAGUUUUAUUAAUUAUGUUACAAUAAUAAGUCACACCAGGGUCAGUAAUCUCAUUGAUUUGGUCUGUGCAAUCACGUUGAUUAUGACUCCGGUGUGUUGUAUUAUAUCAAGGAAUAGAUUAAUAAAUUUAGUUCUUUACAGACU